AUGGCGCGGACGAGUCGGACCGUCCCUCGGAUAGGAAGGAUUGGAUCAGUUGUCCCAUCCGCUCUGAUCUUCUGGAUAAUGGUGAUCAUCUUAGGCGAAUGUCAGCCUGGUGUCCAUGGAAUUUGCUCGAUAGACUGUCAGAGAAACACCAAUUAUUGCAAGGAGUGUGUAAGGGAUCCUGAACAAUGCGCUACAGUACCAUACUAUGAGACAACUGAACUAGGGGCAAUUCUUUUCAAUGUGACAGUAGACACUGACCAACCGGUACCUACAGAUAUCACGAUUAGAAUAUCUGGGGACGUGGAAUCCAUGGCCAUGUUCCGCGUUGAAGGUCUUCAGGUUAUCCUCAAUAAAACAUUCGACUAUGAGAUGGUGGAGGACUACAGAUUUGACAUUGAUUGUAACGACGGGACCGGAUGGAGCACAACACCUGAAUCAAGUGGGGAAAAAGGGAACGCUGAGACGGGUAUUGUACUGAUCACAGAUGUCCCAAUCCAAGCUUUUGAUGAUGACGCAAAAGAUUACGGAUUUGAGUACUUUAUACUGGAGGAUGUGCCCUUUAAUGUAACCGGCCCUACCCCAGACGGGUGCCAACUUGGUGAAGUAUUUCUACGUUUAAAUGGCACCGUUGACUUUGAAGACCAGGAGUUCUACAAUUUCACACUCAUAGCAGAGGACGGCUGCAAAAGCGGAUUUAACUCGCGUGAAGGGUACGUUACCGUCAUUGUUCAGGUCAUCGAUACAGACGACGAGCCACCGGCAUUCAGUCAGGACAAUUAUGACGUCACAAUUCCUGAGAGAAACUCGACUUUCGUUUACACGGGUCUUUCUGCCUCGAAUGGAGACUCGUUUAACACCCCUCUUCGGUACAGCUUUAUUGAACAAAGAGGAGAGUGGAGUUGCUUGUACUAUCUUAAAAUUGACCCUCUCACGGCUGACGUGACCAUAAGGAAUGAAUUGGACUUCGAGACAUCUCCAGGCACCUGUAUAAUUACCGUCCAGGCGGUACAAGAGAACGAUUUCAACAUGGUUGGCACUACGAACUUGACAGUGACCGUCAUGAACGUCGAAGAAUGUCCAAGUUUCAUCUUACAGAGCUACUCCGGACAACUGACCGAGGACGACCCCUUUGUGAUCACCGAUGGCGGCAGCGAAAGGUUGAUUAUGGGCAUGACUGAUGAGGAUGGGGUAUUCGGUGGGCCGAGUUAUAUUGAACCUAAUGAUACAAUCGAGCUGGUAGAGAUGAACAUGCCAGAAGGAACUAUGACUCGAUUCUUUUUAAUCAAAUUCUUGGAUCCGGCAUCAAUCGAGAGCGAUACCAAAAUACAGAUAUUUCUGAGCGAUGACAAAGCAGAUAUGGAGUGUGAUAGUGUUACAAACGUAACCGUGCGGCUUAUGCCUGACGGCUUGGCGCCUAAUUUUACUCAAAGUUAUUACCAUGGAAACGUAUUAGAAAAUGCAACCGAGGGUACGAGCAUUAUUCAGGUGGAAGCAUGGAAUGCGAACAUGACCUCAGAAGGCAUCGUCUAUCGUCUCCAAAUGGCGUCGGACGGCGGAGAGGAUGUCUUCAGCGUCGAUGCCGAGAGCGGUGACGUUUCCGUCGUGGAGGACGGCUUAGAUGCGGAGAAGGUUAAACAGUACACGCUCAUCGUCGAAGCGGUGGAUGAAAGAGGGACCUACUACAGGUACAGUAUAACGUCCGUGAUCAUUGACGUGACCGAUGUCAACGAGCACGCUCCGACGUUCGCCGAAGGUGUGGUUGAAGUCGACAUCGAGGAGGAAGUACCAACGGAUUCCUCGGUUUACACUGUUCAGGCCAACGAUUUAGAUGUUGAUGCAAUUCUUGAGUACUCUAUCGGGGAGACUGCUGGUCCUUUCGCAAUAGAUUCAAAAACAGGAGAAAUUUCGACGGAUGGGCGCCUGGAUCGUGAUGAAGGGACUACCGCCUAUAACAUAACUGUGGUUGUCAUGGAUGGGACCAAUGAAGACGAUUGCCUAGUGACUAUUACUCUGACAGACAUCAACGACAACGCCCCCGAAUUCACAGGAGGAUCUCAAGCGUUGUCUGUGUCUGAAAACACAACUGAUACAGAAAUGUUACAAGUGAUUGAGGCCACUGACAUCGAUGAGGGCGUCAAUGCCGAGAUCGUCUACGUGCUAGAGUCUCCCGAUGACGGCCUCUUCUCCGUCGACAAUGAGACGGGAAUGUUGUACGCACAUGGACCAUUUGAUUAUGAAGCCGUGAAGGAAUAUACACUCGUGAUCAGUGCUUCUGAUUCCAAAUUUUUAACCUUAACAACGGUCACAGUAACAAUCACCGAUGUCAAUGACAACGCUCCCGUGUUCAUCUCAUUCUGUUUGAAUAUCGAAGUACUCGAAGACGUAGGUGUCGAUGAUGUGAUAUGUACAGUAGGAGCCGUGGACGACGACGGUGACGGGGAAGACACAGUCUUGUACUCGUUAGACCCAUCCAGCGGUGACGUUCCGUUCAACGUUAACCAAUUAACCGGAGAGAUCAAAACGGAUGGGACGUUGGACCGAGAAACAGAAGACAUUUACAUCAUCACUAUCAUCGCCGAGGAUAGUGGGGAGCCGCCUCUCUCCAGUAACACCACAAUCACCGUGAUCGUAUUGGAUGUCAAUGACAACAUUCCCAUGUUCGCGAAGACAUCGAUCACAGUGCGACUACAAACGGACGAUCUCGCUGAUCCGCCUGUUCUACUUUCACGUGUGAAAGCGACUGAUGACGAUCUUGCUCCAUGGAACAUAACUCAGUGCGAGAAGACAGGCGGAGAAGAUUCCUUCGUCGUUCUUACUGGUCAAGAUGGAUCUUGUGAAAUAUAUGCCUACGAAGAGCUCCCCCUCUCGACCGACCCAUAUUCAGUCUCCUUCUACGCUUUUAAUCCGGAUAACCGAGAUCGUCCCUCUGCGAACGUCACGUUGACGGUGGAUAUCCGAGAUACCGUCUGCGACGUCACAUUCGAGAAUGAAGCAGAUGAUGACGUCAUCGUCUUGAAGAGCGAAUUGGAAACGAAUGUGCCUGUUGUGACGUUGAAUGUCACAAGCAACUGCAAUAGCGAUGAUAUUGUGUUUAAUAUAUCAAGUCAAACAUAUCGGCCAGAUCUGGACGCUUCUCCUUUGCCAUCCAUAAAUUUCACUAUCAAUGACCAGACUGGUGAGAUUUUUCCUACGGACAUUGUCAUGGAGGGCAAGUAUAUUCUACUUGUGAGAGCGUAUAACCAGUCUGACCCCGAAGUGAGCGAGACGACAGAGGUGACCAUAGUUGUCACGGGGGAAAAUACAGCACCAGCAUUCGAGGAGCCCUUCUACACUGCCGACAUCACCGAGGAUUCCAUGACCAUGGUCAUUGACCUCGGCCCGGAGGUCACAGAUGUCGACACUCCCAGUUUUGCCAAUGGGGAAUUAAGCUUCUCUAAGGUCAGCGAGACAGACGGUUCUGGAAGCAGUUCUGAUUACUUCGAAGUGAGCUCGAGUGGCAUCGUGACAACAACACAAGCAAUCCUCAACCUAAUCAAAGUCGGCACCUUCGAAGUUGUCGUCAUGGUGAUCGAUGGGGCCAUCGAACCUCUAAGUAACACCACUGUGGUGAUCAUCACUGUCGACAUCGAUGACCAGUCCAAUCCUGUUGUAAGCCCACCGAUGAUCACCAAAGACUGCCCGGACCAAGUGGAAAUCGAAGAGGAGACGGUCUUACCUGUUCACAUAUGCAGAGUCUUCGGCUCCUCUACCUACGAUGACCAAGUCGUCUUCGGGCUCGAAUCGGGUUCCGAAUAUUUCGACAUCGGAACUGACUUGGGCAAUAUUACGACUUCGAAACCUUUUGAUUACGAAUACGACGAUCACUCAUACACGCUGCUUGUUUAUGCUGAAGGGACGACGUCCAAACUGCGCAACUAUACUUCGUUCACCGUCAUCGUAACUGAUAUCAACGACAACGCACCUGUUUUUUCUGAAAGCCCGUAUAGAUUCUCGAUUAAAGAAAAUGCGCAUGGUUCUACGGAAUGCCUCACAUUCGUUGGUCUUAUCCAGUCCACAGAUGCCGACUCAAAAAUUAACCAGUUUGUGACGUAUACAACAGAUGAUGACGACUUCGAAGUAAGGGACAACGACCUUAUGGCAGUUAACUGCAUCAGUCGCAACAGUGUCAAAUACGCCACCGGCGAGGUCCGGGUAACCAUCACCGCUCUCAAUAACGGAACAAACGCUACUCUAACCACUGAUGUUAACGUCACCAUCGAGGUCGUGGACAUAAAUGACCACGCCCCGGAGUUCGUAAAUGAUGAUUUCAGUGUCAGCCUUGAAGAUUUAUCCACAGUUCGUGUUAUUUUCCAGGGUGAUGUGAAUGACAUGGAUGAGGGUCCAUUCAACAAUGAGAGUGUUUUCAGCUUGGCUGAUGAUCAGGAUGAUGUGAUCUACUCUCUGUUUCAUAUGUCAUCUGAUGGAGAUUUGACAGUUCAAGAUAUCGGCAUUAGCGACGAAUACCUUAUAUAUGAAGUAAUCAUCAUGGCAACAGAUAUGGGACAACCCCCUCUAAGUUCGUCGAGAACUGUAACCGUCUAUAUUGGCAUUGUUGAUGUGACCGAGCCCUAUUUUCUGCCUAGUGAUAGAAACCAGACAUUUGAGAGAAAAGAGAACCAGGACGACUGUUUGAAUAUUUCCUAUCCCCUGAUAUGCAAUGAAACCACCUAUUUGGAAGUGUAUUAUGAGCACGUGGUUAAACCCGAAUCAGGGACAGAUCUCUUUAGUAUCAACGAGACGGACAAUGCACUGUCCUUGUGUUGGAAGGAAUUAGACCGCGAAGUUAGUUCCUCAUAUACCGUAACGCUCACGGCUUCUUAUGUGAACUCGAGCAUGUGUAACUCGAUCAACGUCUCUACCAGCGACCCGACCAGGAAACGGAGGAAUGUCCAAGAAGUGGGAACCAACACUAUCAUCCUUACCAUAAUAGUAACGGACGAGAACGACAGCCCACCCUCUUUUCAGUUUCCAAGCAACACCAUUGGUACCGCCUACUAUCUGGCCGCGAUUGAUAGUACGCAGUUUGGAACAUGCAUUUGGAAAGCGGUCGGGAACUCGCCAGGGAGUUGACCGUGCGUGACGAGGAGAAAGGCAUUGUCAAUCCUGUCUUCCAGUUCGACGAUGAAGCCGACGAUGAUGUGGAAAUCAUGGCCACAGAAGCUGAGGAAGGCGCUACAGGGUCUGAAGAACCAUUGAUAACGACGGUUUAUCUUACCGACGGAAAGACCCAAUCUACUAUAGCCAUGACAGCGAAUGAUGAACCUAAAGAUGUAGAAAAGGCCGUUGGUACCGAUGCAAUUACGAUCCCCGAAAGAGAAUAUGACUUUCAGGAGAAGGAGAUGGACUUUGACUUUGAGUAUGACGACAAAGUCGACUUAAACACAGCUGGAAUGAUGUAAGUGAAGCUGCAGCAACCACUGAAUCGUCUUCAACAGAUCCAACAAUCCCGAUACAAUUGGAUGAAAAUGAUAAGGACACACAAGACAAAGAUGGGGCGAAGGAAGAAAGUAAAAGGAAAGAUCAGGAAGAAGAAAGUUUGCUCUCUAAGCCAAAACCACCCGCCGUCCCACCUAAGCCCACUGAUCAUGCUAAUAAUGGGUCUGCAGCCGAUCCGAUGCUCCCAGAUGUCGACUACGAGGCAGAGACCAAAAACAGAGAUCAGGUGGAGGAUGAAGAAAAGAAAAAUGAAGAAAACGCUACCAGGAACACCCGACUCUGGCAUGGAAACUGAUGAAGCCUUUAAAGAUUCCGACGUUCCACCACCACCACCUGUGCCUAUAAUCCAAGAAUCGCCUCUGGAAGAUCAGGUCGAAGACCACCCGCUCCCUCCACCCCCACCGCCACUCCUAUAGUCCCACCUAUUGAUUAUGCUGAUGGGAAGACCGUGACCUUUGGCGGGGAGACCGUUGUCGGAGAAGGCGCGGGAGAUGGGGGAAGUAUCUGCACAGAUCAAGACACACCUAGCGAAGCAAGCUCUCGGAGUGGAACUGCAGAGGAUAGGUCAACCAAUCGUCCACCAACAAGGAGAGGUCCAUCCCUAUCCUCUGAAAUUGAUCUGAUCGCUGCCUCACUUGACCGUUCUAGUCCUGGGAACCAGAACGUUGGGUUGGUUGCAUCUCCUCAAUCCGUCUGUGAAUCGGAGGGCGAGAGUAUUGGUUACCUUGACGACGAGUCAUUGAUUAGUGUCAGUGAAAUCGGGGUUACAAGUCUCUAGUUACAGAUCGAGGCAUUCAAGACCAGUUAAAUGAUUCUGACCAGUUUGACAUAUGCUCCGGCGAUAACUACCCCAUGGUCAACCUUCUAUUACUAACUGAAUUCCUAACUUCAAUCAUAGACCCAACUUUAUACCCAGCCCAAACACCAUCCUUACUCCUAAAAUUGACCUAAGACACGUUCUUCACCCCAAUCUCCACUCGAGUUGGCUCAGUCAGUAAAGUGUCUGCCUGUCAAACCAAAGAUUGUGGGUUCAAAUUCAAUUCAGGCAGACGACUGAAGUCUACAUUAAGUGUUACACGCCCCUCCCGUUUCAUAGAUACAGGCUUUGUAAAGUGAAAACAGUCCAUCCCUUGGAUAAGAUUGAGGCCCCUUGUAGAGGAGAGUUGCAACGUUUGUGAGUUAAGAACUCUCUGCACUAUUCAUAUACGAUUCGGGGCAAACCCUGGUGUAAUGUUGCAUCUGUACAUCCCUAAUCAGUUUAGUGGGGAGGAGAGACCCAAUGGUUACAGUGUUUCAGUUUGCUUUUCGCCUCUCAGUAAUAGUUAAAAUAAUAACAAUGGUGUUAACCACAGUCUCAGCUCUGAAAAAUAUAGCUCAGAGCAAAUAUUCCACAGAAUCUUCAAAAUUCAAAACAAAAACAUGAAGAAAAAAAAACAUAACUACAUUGAUUAUCUGCCAAAUGUUUUCAACACAUAACACAUAUUUCCGUUUAAGGAAUGAUACACUGUAGACUUAAUAUAUUUGCAAAUCAGGUUUUUCUCUGAUUUUACGGAUCAUAAAAUAUGCACCUUUACUGGCACUCAAGCUCAUACAUACAUGUCCAAAAAAUAUAUUCUUUCAUUGGUUUUGCCAAACAUAAAAAGUAUAAUUAGAGAGCAUAUUCUAAUGUGAACAUUCAGAAGUAGUGAAGUGUUAAAAUAUUAAAUGUAUACUAUUCUAUGUGAAGCUAAAGAAAGAAAAACAUUUCAACUAUUUCCUUACUUGUUAACAACAUACCAAAACAAUGUUGGUACACUGUAUAUGUAUCUCAAAGAAAUACAAAUGUAAAAUUCCUGUCUCAAAACAUGUUGAGACUUUAUAAGAAUAUAAGAUGUGUAUGUACCAUUGAUAUGAAAAUAUACAAAGGCGAUCAAUGAGACACAUUUUGUAACUCAUGAAUUCUAAUUUUAAUUUGUAAGUAUUUUCACUUUACAAUAAAACUUUUUUCUCUUCUCAUUUAUUGUUUAUGAUAUACAUGUAACUACUGUUUUUCCAUGUAUGAAUACAUGCUUUUUUUUCUAUUUCGAAAUUAGAAAGAUAGUCCACCUCCUCCCCCAGAAAAAAGG